CAGCACAGUGCCGGCUGGGGUUUGAGAGCCGAUUGCAAUGAAACGGCGGGGGAUAUUUGCGCCGAAGCAGUCCGGCGUUUUUCUGCUCAAGAGCUCGAAGUUGCAUUGCAGGGGUGGGACUUCUGCAGUCGGGGGGAGCGCUUCCAGGGAGAUGCUGAUAGCGGUGGGCAUAGCGGGACCUCACCUCGCAUGCUGACGCUCGGACUGCUUCGAUAAUACUGGCAGCAUCACACGGUCCUGCUGCAAAAUAGGGGAGCGCAUCGCCCAUGCCGCACGUACGGCUCUGAUCGGAUGCGCUGAGGAAGGGACCCAACGCAAGGUGCUGCUAGAGGAACAGGGGGCACUUGUUCCUUUUGAUGGCGAGAGGUAAAUGAACUGAGGACGGAAGAUCGGUGGACUUUUCAUCCGCCCUUCCUGACCGCACCAAACCACACAGCAGCUCGUGCUACACCCAGCGACAGCCCGCUACACCCACCAGGAGAACGUCGGUCUUGAUCGGUGAUGCACACGAAGCACCAUAAUGUCCUCAGCGCAGGGCAGGGAUAUAUCUGAGUACCAUUUCAGCGUGGUUCGCAACCCGCCUGGCUGGGAGGUGGGGCUCUAUGUGGCCGGUUUUCUGACGUUGCUGAUGUUGGUGGCCUUCAACCUAUGGAAGCUGUGGAAAUCGGGAACUUUCCCCGCUCCCUCCCCCUUCCCCAACUACGACCACCGCUACCUGCAGGAAAAGUAUGGCACUUCCUACUCAGAAGUGAGACAAAAGCAGAGAGUCGCGGCCUCCAACCACAGGAGGGCGUCGACGAGCCGCAAGCCCAGCCUUCAGCUGGGGGACACCCCCGACGGGCUGCGUGAGCUAGGGCCACUCGAGCUCAUGAACAGGGAGCUGGAGCCAGCUGGAGGCGCGCCGCUCAGCCGCUCCCUCUCUGCCGACUCCCUAAGUUCGGUCUCUUCCGUCGCUCACAAUUUCGGCCACGACUUCACGGUGGGCCAGCUGGAGGUGACGCUGGAGUACGAGGCUCGGACCGGGACGCUCUUCCUCUCGCUGCUGCAGGGGAAGGACCUUCUUGAGAAGGAGGAAGAAGACUUUCCCUCCUGCUUCAUCCGCGUCACACUGCUGCCCGACGAGCUGAGCGUGGGCAUCUCCAGGGUCCAGAGGAACGCGUUCACCGUGGUGUUUGACGAGCGGUUCUCCGUCCCACUGGACCCAGCUUUUCUCGAAGACAAAAGCUUGUACUUCGAGGCUUUUGGCGUGGAUGCAGAUGAGAGGAACAUCAGCACUGGGGUAGCGGAGCUGAAGCUGUCGGACCUGGACCUCUCAGUCAGGCCUUUCAAUGCCUGGCUGUACCUUCAGGAUGUAAACAAGGCUGUAGAUGCAGUUGGGGAGAUCCUACUUUCUCUGAGCUACCUGCCUACAGCAGAGCGCCUCACUGUGGUUAUAGCAAAAGCCAAGAACUUGGUGUGGACCAAUGGAAAAACCACAGCAGAUCCAUUCGUCAAGGUGUACCUGCUCCAGGACGGACGAAAGAUAAGCAAGAAAAAGACUUCCAUAAAGAGGGACGACACCAAUCCCAUCUUCAACGAGGCCAUGAUCUUCUCUGUGCCGGCCAUUGUGCUGCAAGACCUCUCCCUGAGAGUGACGGUCGCCGAGUACACCGACGACGGCCGGGGGGAGAAUGUGGGUCAUGUGAUCAUCGGCCCAGAGGCCAGUGGUAUGGGCAUCACACACUGGAAUCAGAUGCUGGCCACGCUGAGGAAACCAGUAUCGAUGUGGCACCCACUGCGGCAGACCUAGUCCCGCCACGUCACCAAAACCCUGAAGCGCAGCCCCAGUCUCUCCGAUCACACUCUGUUCCUGCAUGGUGCUUAAUGUCUCACUAUUACACCACCACAGAUGAGGAAAAGUUAAAAAAACACAGUGAACAAGCUUAUCCGAGGCUCGAGAGUAAAAGAAAAAAAAUGAUGGGUGCAAAAGCAUAUUUUUUCAGGAAACGAAUCUUUGUCUUUUAAAACCAGUUGUACAGUGCAUAUGAUAUUAUAAUAGAAUACAGGCAGGUGUUGAGAUGAGUUUUCUAUCAGAUCUAUAAAGUAUAAAAGUCUAAAUCCUACAGCUUUUUGGUAUGAAGCGUGUUUUUGUCUUAGACCCUGUCUGAUAUCUUGUGCUUUUUAAAUCCAGGUUCUCUUAAUCCAGGUUAAUCAAUCUUAACUUCAGGCUAUCCAUCUCUCCAGAGGCAUUCUCGAACUGAACACAUAAGACGUGCAAUGUGUGAUGCUUUGAUUUUAACUUCCCUUCACUUAUUGACCAUUACUUAACUUGUUUGUAGAUGAUCACCAUUGUACUACUUUUUUAUAAUUCUGAUUCAUGCAGUGUUUGGUUUCCAGCAUGUAUUUUAUAUGCUGGAAUUUAUUUCUGAGAUAAUCUCAAAGCUUGGUGAACUGCUGAACUUUGGACAGACUCUUACUGAACGUGGCAUGAAUGACAACCCUCCUUAAGAGGGAGCUGAUCCCACUCCUGCUAUUGUUUAAUUUUUUUUUAAUGCAUUGGCCAUUUCUUUUGUUUUAGAUUUACGCUUUACACUAUUAUUACACUUCUCAAAUGGCCUUUGACUUUUGAGUGAAAAAGUCAUCCAUUUAUGGAUUUUCUAAGCACUACAGGAUGGGCAGGCAAUAAUUUUUUUUGUACAAUAGAAUAGUAAUAGAGUAAGUUAAUGCAUUAACAUAUUUUGCUUCCAUUGACAUUUGUACUUAAAAUUCCUGCAACGUAAAUUUUACGGUAUAUUUAUGUAUUAUUGGGUAGUCCUUUGCAAGGUAGCUAAAAGGCAGUUUAUUUGCUCAUAUUACACAAUACCUAUUCGUAUUUAUUGUUAAUUAUUAAAUACGAGAAUAUGCUAUAAUUAUGACUCAAAUAUUGUCUAUUUUAUUUAUUGUUUAUUUAUUUGACAUGCUCCAACCACAAGUAGGGUCCAGUAAAUUUAUGCUGUUAUUACAUAUGAGAAAAUUCAUCGUUUUAAACUUAAGUGUGACCUGAACAUAUGUUUCAUCGUGCCAAAUCUUAUCAAAGCAAUAUAAUCAUUUAUUGUGUGCAUUUCUACAUUUUGUGAUCUAAAAAUAAAAUUUUACAGUGCAUGACCUUUUUCAGAACUUGUAACAGAUGUGCGACCAGAAUAAAGUAUUGUGUUAGAAUAUCGUUUUAAAUAAAAUUAAACUAUAAAUAAAA